AUGGCCAGGCCAGCUCUUGUGUUCGUGUGCUGCUUCCUGCUGCUGGCAUCCGCGGCAGCUGCGCGCGGUCUCGGCGACGGCGAGCCUCUUGGCGGCCGGAAGAAUGCAGCGCGCCGUCUAGGCGAAGGCGAGCCUUUCGGUGGCCGGAAGAACCCCGCCGAUCCACACAGUGGUGGUGGCGGCGGCUACUACCCGCCAUCGCCGUCCGUCGGCACCCCGUCGCCGGACAUCGGCACCUCGCCAACUACGCCUGGUGGCGGUGGCGGUGGCUACUACAACAACCCGCCAUCGCCAGACAUCGGCACUUCCCCGACCACACCGACAACGCCUGACGGUGGUGGCGGGUACGGUGCUCCCCCGACCCCGUCCUGCGGCAACUCCCCAAGCACGCCUGGCGGUUGUGGUGGGUACAAUGCUCCCCCGUCACCCUCCAGCGACACGUCCCCAAGCACGCCUGGCAGUGGCGGCGGUGGCGGCGGGUACGGUGCACCUCCUUCGCCGUCGAGCGGCACCUCCCCAAGCACGCCAGGCAGUGGCGGCGGGUGUGGUGCUCCACCGUCGAGCGGCACCUCCCCAAGCACGCCCGGCAUUGGUGGCGGGUGCGGUGCCCCCCCGUCACCGUCCAGCGACACCUCUCCAAGCACGCCUGGCGGUGGCGGCGGGUACGGUGCUCCCCCCUCACCGUCCAGCGACACUUCCCCAAGCACGCCAGGCAGUGGUGGUGGUGGCGGCGGGUACGGUGCACCUCCUUCGCCGUCGAGCGGCACCCCCCCAAGCACGCCAGGCAGUGGCGGGGGAUACUAUGGUCCACCUUCGCCGUCGUCUGACACCUCCCCGACAACGCCAGGCGGUGGCGGCGGCGGGUACAGUGCACCUCCUUCGCCGUCGAGCAGCACCUCCCCGAGCACGCCCGGCGGUGGUGGCGGGUGCGGUGCUCCACCGUCGAGCGGCACCUCUCCAAGCACACCCGGUAGUGGUGUCGGGUGCGGUGCUCCCCCGUCACCGUCCAGCGACACCUCCCCAAGCACGCCUGGCGGUGGCGGCGGGUACGGUGCUCCCCCUUCACCGUCCAGUGACACGUCCCCAAGCACGCCAGGCGGCGGCGGCGGGUACUACGGCCCUCCCUCACCGUCCAGUGACACUUCCCCGACCACGCCCGGCAGCGGCGGGUACUAUGGCCCUCCCUCUCCAUCCUCGGACACCUCCCCGACCACGCCGUCCACACCUAGCGGCGGGUACUACGGCCCUCCUUCGCCGUCCAGUGACACCUCCCCGACGACGCCCGGCAUCACGCCGACUCCGGACGUGCCGUUGCCGCCUAUAAGCACGCCGCCGACGCCGUACUCUCCGCUGACGCCCACCCCGACCACUCCGACGCCCUACGACCCCAACACCGGCCCGUGCAUCUACUGGAUGACGCACCCGGGCCUGGUCUGGGGCCUGUUCGGGUUCUGGUGCCCGCUGGUGCGGCUCUUCGGGCCGAGCGCGGCGGUGCCGUUCGGGCACGACCUGACCGUGCCGGAGGCGCUGGCGAACACGCGCCAGGACGGCGUGGGCGAGCUGUUCCGCGAGGGCACGGCGUCGCUGCUCAACUCCAUGGUGAGCAGCAGGUUCCCGUUCACCACGCAGGAGGUGAAGGACGCGUUCGGCGCCGCGCUCAGCUCUGGCGACGACGGCGCGGCCGCGGCGCAGGCGCAGCUCUUCAAGAAGGCGAACGAGGCACGCGUCAAGUAGAAAGGCGCCGCGGCCGUCUGUCACGUUCACGUAGGCAUGCAAUCGCGAGCAGUUCAGGACUGAGAUACUUUCCAGCAC